ACUCUGACAGCCUCCUGCUGAAGAGCUAUUACUUUGGCUGUGUUUGUGAACCUGCUUUUGGCUUCUCAGUGUACACUACGAGGAUUACGACUAGUUUACGGUGACCUUUUACGGUAUAAACAGGGAAGAAGAUCUACAGGAUUCUCAAUGGAGUUUCUACAGCUCUGUGUCUUUUGCUGAGCAACUCUUGAGGCUCUUUUAAGAUUUUUAAUAGACAGUUUUCUGCAAAUACGUUUCUAUUGUCAGGAAUAAAUGAUCACCUCAACUAGACGAGUCUCUGCAGAUAAACCUGAAGUACAAAUCGCUUUCAGCCUCGAUGAAACCUCAGAGUUGAAAGAUGCAGAGGAUCCCCUUCCAUCAUUCCCUGACCUUGAGCAACGCCUGCAGCCGGUGCUGCCCUGUCGGUCUCUAAAGGAGUCCAUUGAAGUGUACAAAAACCACUGCAAGAUGGCCAAUGAGUUCAACCAGGUCAAACAUGAAAUCACCAGGCUGGAAGACAGAAAGAGGGAGCUCAUGGCAGAGCUGCUAGAGGACGAAAAGGUGUCGAUGGAGUUUGCGCAACUUGAGGAAGAAUACAGGAUACUUACAGAAGAGAACCGAAAUCUGAUAACGGUCCAUAGCCAAUGCGCACAGCAGCUAGAGACGCUCCGAGUGAUCAGUCAAAAGAGGCAGGGCUCCUCGUGACCUUUGACUCCAAUGCGAAAGAUCUUUUACCUCUGGGUCUUUACUACUCAGCGUUCCUUCAGUGCUUGUGUAAUGUACUGAAGCAGAAAACUGAUCUUGAAUCAGUGUGCUUAGACUGAGACACCUAAUCAAUGUAUAUUUAAUAUAUUUUAAGCUGAUAUGGGCUUAUUUCAGAGCAGAUGCUCUUGUGGCCCAAACUUGAGCUGAGAAGUUGCCUCACUCAUAUAUGUCUGACAUCGCAUUCUGAAUAUAUACAAUUUUCUCUUCUUUGUGUGU